AUGACCCUUCCGCAGAAAGCGAUUGUGCUUGAUCUUGGCAACGUUCUUUUUGAAUGGGGCUCGGAGUCUACCAGCGAAGCACAACCGUCUCUGAAGACCCUGCUGAAGUGCGAUCAGUAUUCGCAGUAUGAAAGAGGACUGAUUUCCUCGGAGCGAAACUUCUGUGAAUCCCGGGGAUCCGAGCUCGGGAUUGAUGCCUCGGAGCUAGAAAUGGUCUUCCAAACAGCGCGCUCGUCUCUGGAACCCAACACAGCUCUAUUUUCCUUUGUUCGCACGAUUAAAGAGCAAUAUGGAAUUCCUAUCUAUGCUAUGUCGAAUAUACCUGCGAAGGAUAUCGACUAUUUACAUGUUACUUUCCCCUCGCACAUGAACAUCUUCGACAAAGUUUUUGCUUCGGGCUGGACCGGACUGAGCAAGCCAGACCCUGCAUUCUUUCAGCUAGUUAUGGAUGGGGUCUCUUCUUUACCUGAUGAAGUGAUAUUUGUUGACGACAAAUCCUGGAAUAUAGAUCAGGCACGACGCUUUGGCUGGCGUGGAAUUCAGUUCUCAGGAACUGAUCAUUUGUGCAAAGAGUUGAAAAAUAUAUCUUGGCAAUCUUGA